AUGACAUCUUUCAUGCCUAGGCCUAUGGUUGGUCCCAGCCAGACCAUCGAACUAGCUCGUGCGGCCGCUGGCUGCGUCAGUCGCGUGGCAGAUGCACCGGCUGGCAUCCCCGAAGGAUGGCCCCAAGCUCUCCCUGACUUGAUGGCUUGGUCCGGUUCUCAGUUCACGGAUGAGUCGGAGUACAUCCACACUUUGAGUGAAUCGGAUGUAAAGGAAGUUGAAAGCGCCCUACUGUCUUUCAAAGCAUUGGGACUCGAUGGGGAUUGUGUAUCCCGAGACAACUUCCCCCUUCCUACUUUAGGGUCCCGCCUGGAUCGCAUUCGCCGAGACGUUCAUCAAGGCAAGGGUUUCGGUGUCAUCCGCGGCUUAGAUCCUCGAAAGUACUCUGUUGAAGACCUGACAGUACUGUAUCUUGGUAUCCAGUCAUACAUCGCCGACCGUCACGGCCGUCAGGACCGAAAAGGCAACAUGCUGGUUCACAUCGUUGCCGACAACUCUUCCCGGCUCAAGGCUGGUCAUCAUCGUCAUUCCACUUCCCCCAUUAAUUUCCACAAUGAGGAAGCCGGUGAUGUCGUGAGCUGGCUCACUCGCAACACGGCUGUCUCGGGAGGCAAAUGCAUCAUCGCAUCGGCCUACACUGUUUACAAUGUUCUUGCUGCCAGUCGCCCUGACAUGAUCCGCACAUUGUCUCGCUCUGACUGGCCAUUCGCCCUGCCACGCUUCCAAUGCCGCCCUGUCCUCUUCCACCAUGACGGAAGAGUGAUUAUGAACUUCGGGAGGGUAGCCCUGACAGGGAAUGCGGUCCACCCACGACCUAGCAAUCUCCCCACCGUUACCCCACGCCAGAUGGAAGCUCUGGACUCCAUCGAGAACAUUGCCAAAGCGACUCAACUGGAGAUCAGUACCCGGGCAGGUGACAUUCACUUCAUCAACAACCUCACAAUUUUGCAUCGCCGCGAAGGUUUUGUCAAUGGUGAGGGUGCUCAAGAGCGCCGUCACUUGGUACGCAUGAGACUUCGAGACAACGAACUGGGCUGGAAUCUUCCCGCGGAUCUUAGACGGGAGUGGGAAGAUGCCUUCAACGAGGAGGCGCCCAAGAUCUGGCACGUUGAACCCAUGCCAGAUGGCUUCUUUCCCCUCAGGUCUCAGGCCAACUAA